AUGUCGCUUCAGCGUCUCAGUUCGCCCAAACCGCUGAUAUUGGAUGGUGGAACGGCAACACAUCUGGAGAGAGCAUAUCAUAAAAAUCUGACCGGCACAGCACUUUGGUCUUCUUCAUGCUUGUACCAGGAUCCGCAAGCGAUACGAAACGUUCACUUGGACUACCUUCGUGCAGGCGCUGAUAUAAUAUCUACCUGCAGCUAUCAAGCCUCCGUUGCCGGAUUCAAGGAGUUCACACAAACCAAAGCUAAAGAGUUGAUGCAGAGUUCUGUAUCUCUUGCGACCGAGGCGCGCGAUACAUUCUGGGACGAAUAUCAAAAGGGUGAAAAAGAAAACAGCCCACGUCGCGAUAUCCCACUUGUUGCUCUUUCCCUUGGACCCUAUGGAGCAAUUUUAUGCAAUGGUGCUGAAUACACUGGUGACUAUGGAGAUGCUACUUUUGACGAUGUCCUUCGGUUUCACAAGGAGCGUCUAGACAUAUACGCUCCAAUGUUUGAUCAAGUGGAUUUCAUUGCAUUCGAGACAAUACCGUCUCUUCAAGAAGCAAAUAUUAUUCGAGAGCUUCUCAGAAAUGUUCCAAACUGCCCACCAACUUGGGUUUCAUUCUCUUGUCGGAAUUCUCAUUUGGUAUCACAUGGUGAACCAUUAACAGAGUGUAUCAAUUCUUGUAUGGAUGUUCCUUCUGUAGUCGCCGUCGGGGUCAAUUGCACAAACCCUCAAUAUGUAGAGGAUCUAAUCGGCAUUACUCGUAGACAACUUGACGACAUGGGAUUAGUGGAAAAAUGGGUCGUGUGCUAUCCCGAUGCUGGUGCUGCUUGGGAUGAUGUUCGAAGGGAGUGGAUACUUUCGACUGCUCUUCCAGCGGAUGCAUUUGGCACGCUUUCUGAAAAAUGGGUCAACGCCGUAGACAAAAAGAGAAUAAUUAUUGGAGGAUGCUGUAAUACGACACCUAAUCAUAUUAGGAAUUUAAGAUUACAAGUUUUCGGAUAA